AUGGAAGCCGGCUCUACAGCUGAACCAGUGUACACUAUGCAAAUGAACCCUGCUCAGGUCUAUCAGGACGCAAAUGCACGCUUGAAGAACUUCAUCUUAAAUCAACACAACAUCAUGCAUCGGUUGGCACCAUACAACAUCAAACAAAACAGCCUGGCAAACAUAUCAGGAAUUUUCCUCAAAUUCACGCCCAUCAGAAUCCUGUUUCUGGAUGAGGUCCAACAAGCCAUUACCGUCUCCUGCUUCAUGAUGGUCAAGUGGUACGAUAAUUCGUUCACUUGGGAUCCACUCCAGUUCGGCAACAUCACAGACACUUUUAUCAAAAGCACUAAAUUGUGGACACCAACUAUUAUCCUCCCUACCUCCACGGGUCACGGCUUGUAUCUGGACACCACAGAUGAUUUACAAGUAUCCCCUAAACAGGAGCCAGGCAGGGCCAUAUUAAGCAUGAAGUUUCCAUUCCAGUUCACCGUCCAGUGUGAGUUUGAUAUGUCCAAGUACCCAUUUGACCAGCAGACGUGUGUCAUCAUCUUUAGGGAAUUAAACCAAAACCCUCUCUCCGCUGUCACCUCAAAAGAAACCGACUUUGAAAUGGCCAAGGCUCUACACACAAGCGGCGAAUGGGAAAUUGUUGACUGGUAUCACUUAAAGCGCUCAGUGGAAGAACCGUUCACGUUACGGUGGAAGAUAAGAUUGCGGCGUCAGAGUCAAUUCUAUGUGGCCAACCUUUUGAUCCCUCUGGUGCAGACUUCACUGAUGACCCUACUCGUCUUCUGGAUCCCAGCUGAAAGUGGAGAAAAGAUGUCCUUCGUGGUGUCCAUGUUUGUGUCCACAUCAGUGUUUCUGUUCACCAUUAACGACGAAAUGCCCAGGAGUAUUCGACACCUGCCAACCAUCAACAUACUUGUCGUGGUUGUCACCUCUGAAAUUAUCCUGGUUGCCAUGGCCUCUCUGUUCGUAUUACGGCGCUGCAGAUAUCUGCAGAAGAUCCAAAGCGCCAACACGUCACUAAAAUUUGCAUCCGAAUUAGGACGCGGACCACGGAAUGCAGAAGCUGACCGCAGGGAGAUACCUGCCAACCUCUCCAUCCAUCAAACAGUCAAACAUUUAAGCCCCACAGAGUCUAUACCAGAAUUCGCAAAGACUGUAUUUGAAGGGCUGACGGGACCCCAAAAUGGAAGCAGCAACAAGGCAUUCGCUGCAAGGAUCGACAUGUCUGACAGUUCAGCAAAAACGACUUUCAAAUUGAACUUGUCAGAAAUUGACAAGAAUCAAUUUAAUAAUAGGAGCUCUGAACUAUACAAUCACGAGACAUUGGACUUAAUCUUCUUUUGUGUUUUUGCUUUCAUCAAUGUCAUUGUUGGAAUUGUUACUUAUUUCAGCUGGUUCUGA